UCCAGGGAGGAAGUUGGGUACUUGUGUAUGUAACAUGAGUUGUUGGCGCCUGUACUAAUGUGUGCAUUAGUCAUUUAGUUAGGCUAUGUGUUCUUAGUAUUGUGGUAUUUAAAAUGUCGGAUACAUGGAGUGACAUUCAGGCACAUAAAAAACAGGUGAACUCUUUGCGAGAGAGACUCCAGAGGAGAAGGAAUACGACACAACUUGGCAUCGAGGUCGGAGCUGUUGAUGGAGCAUCUACACGUAGUGAAAGCCCAGGACCGACCCUCCAAACUCCUGCUCAGGUAGAAGUGGAACGGCCCCCUGACCCUGAAUUGGAGAGAAGACUUCUGGGAUAUCUGGCUGAACUGAGUCUGUCACUUCCCACUGACUCAAUCACCAUCACUAACCAGCUCAACUCUUCAGAAUCACCAGUGUCACAUGCUUGUAUCCAGAGUCUUCUGCUUAAAUUUUCUGCUCAAGAGUUGAUCGAAGUCCGGCAGCCGACCAUCGCUGCCUCAUGUUCUUCCUCUUCCUCAUCCACUUUAGUAAUCUCCGUCGAUCAUACCAAAGUAUGGGCCAUGAUUGGUGGUUCUGCAACCCAGCCUCAGAGAACUGGUGUCAAAAGAAAAGGAAAUGAUAUUAUUCACCAAAAAAGGGCUCCAGGCUCCUCCCCCUUGCUUCAGUCUCCAUCUUCACCAACCAAAACAUCAUCCAUUUCUUUGGCUUCUGCCUCUAGUUCACAGCUAACAGGGACUUCAGAUUGGAAGUCAGGAGGUGGAGGAGGUGGGGCUGAGAAAAAAGGGCGGAGCAAUAAGGGAAAGACGUCCCACUUGGACAUGGAGAUAGAGAGCCUACUGAGCCAGCAGUCAACCAAGGAGCAGCAAAGCAAAAAGGUGAGUAGGGAGAUACUAGAGCUACUGAACACUAGCUCAGCAAGGGAGCAGUCCAUUGUGGAAAAGUUCCGCUCACGCGGCCGAGCACAGGUGCAGGAGUUCUGCGAUCAUGGGACUAAAGAGGAGUGUAUGCGGUAUGGGGACACUCCACAGCCCUGCAGCAAGCUGCAUUUCAGGCGAAUCAUUAACAAGCACACGGAUGAGAGUCUUGGAGACUGUUCUUUCCUGAACACCUGCUUCCACAUGGACACCUGUAAAUAUGUGCACUAUGAGAUUGAUAGUCCCCCAGAGGCUGAGGGUGGGGCCCUGGGGCCACAGGCUGGUGCCACAGAGCUGAGCCUGCAUGCCAGAGAUGGUGACAGUAACGUGGGGAAAUUGUUUCCAGCUCAGUGGAUUUGCUGUGAUAUUCGCUACCUGGAUGUGUCCAUUUUGGGGAAGUUUGCCGUGGUGAUGGCCGACCCUCCGUGGGACAUUCAUAUGGAGCUUCCAUAUGGAACACUAACAGAUGACGAGAUGAGGAAGCUGAACAUUCCUAUUCUGCAGGAUGAUGGUUUCCUCUUCCUCUGGGUCACUGGAAGAGCUAUGGAGCUUGGCAGAGAGUGUCUUAGUCUCUGGGGGUAUGAGCGUGUUGAUGAAAUAAUUUGGGUGAAGACCAACCAGCUUCAGAGGAUCAUUCGUACAGGGAGGACUGGACACUGGCUGAACCAUGGCAAAGAACACUGCCUGGUUGGGGUGAAAGGAAAUCCUCAAGGAUUCAACAGAGGUCUGGACUGUGAUGUAAUUGUUGCAGAGGUACGCUCUACCAGCCACAAACCAGAUGAGAUUUAUGGCAUGAUUGAGCGAUUAUCUCCUGGCACCAGGAAGAUUGAACUGUUUGGGAGACCUCAUAAUGUUCAACCAAACUGGGUAACUUUGGGAAAUCAGUUGGAUGGAAUUCACUUAUUGGACCCUGAUGUAGUAGCCCGCUUUAAAAAGCGUUACCCAGAUGGAGUUAUCUCGAAACCCAAAAACAUGUGAAGAUAGCUCUGAGAGACAUGUGUUGUUAUUUAUAGGCUGGAUAACUCUGAUCUGUGAUCAAUUUGUUUUGUAUUAAGUGUUUUUAAUAAAAUGGUAGGUAAUUGAC